AUGCAUGUUUUUCAAACUGGUCAUGAGGAGCUAGUGCAUGACAUUAAGUACGAUUUUUAUGGAAAACAUGUCGCUACAGCUUCUUCAGAUCAACAUGUUAAGGUCUUUGAGUUAGAUACUUCGUCGUCUGCGUGGGUACUCAACGAUCUGUGGAAGGCGCACGAUUCCCUGGUUGUGAAGCUUUCGUGGGCCCAUCCAGAAUUCUCCAGCUUGAAAAUCCUUGCGUCCUGUUCGUACGACCGCACAGUGAAGCUUUGGCAAGAAGUUCCUAGUGAACUUCAUGGAUCGGGAAGAAGAUGGACAAAGUUAGCUACUUUAGCAUUCGAGUCAUUUGGGCCCAUCUACGAUGUCGUUUUUGCUCCACCACACUUGGGCUUUAAACUCGGAUGUGUUGGCUCUGAUGGUAUUGUCCACAUCUACGAAUCAGUUGAGCCUUCCGACUUGACAGUGUGGAGCCUCACGGCUGAGAUACCUGUCUUGACGCUGCUGCUCCCUGCCAAAAGUCUUCAGAGUAGCUUCUGUCUCGAGUGGUGUCCAGCAAAGUUCUCUAAAGAGGAAAUGUUGUGUAUCAUAGCGCUAGACCAGGGCUUCGUCUACAGCACGAUUUCCGAAGAGGAGGAUGAGACUGGUAAUGGCCAUGAUAUGGAGAAUGAUAGUGCUGCACUGACGGCAGAUCAAAUGUUGAACAAUCGUCCACCGGAAGAUGUCAAUGAUCCUAAUAAUUCAAACUCUGUGGGGAAAUCGAAUGAAAGAGCAAAAUAUAAAAGAAUUUGUAAUCUCCCAGAGCACAAUGGUCUCAUUCGCUCUGUGAGUUGGGCACCCUCGAUGGGAAGGAGCUAUCACCUAAUAGCUACAGGCUGUAAAGACGGUUACAUAAGAAUAUUUAAGGCCACAGAGUCUAAAGAAGGCGGCUUAACAAUUGAUCUUGUGGGAAAGCUUGAUCACCACAAACAAGAAGUUUGGCGAGUUUCAUGGAACAACACAGGCACAAUUUUGAGCUCAGCUGGUGAUGACGGGAAAGUCCGUCUCUGGAAACAAAACUAUAUGAACGAGUGGCAGUGCAUGAGCGAAAUCAAUAGUAGCAAUCGCCUGGACUUUCGUCAAUACAACCCUGAGAGACUUUCUAAUUCACAGAAGCAACCCGCUGAUCGAUGA